CUCUGCGCACGCUAGCGGACUACAAGUCCCAGAGGACUGUGGGAGCAGGCUGGGGUAAAAUCCCCCUUAGAGGCUUCUCCGCAGCAUCCUUGUGGUGCAGCCCUGCAGCUUCAGUCUCUGCUCUCCGCCCCGCCACCUCUUUCCUCGAGGGGUUAUCGGGGCACCAUAUGGGCCCACCAGGCGUGAUCAACAGCACUUCUGUAUGUCCACCCUGUGCAACUUGGCCUGUGGAAGAAGUCCCUGGAGCAGUGGGUGACCGAGGAGGACGCCUGUCCCUGUGCUGCUUUUGCUAACCAUACUGGCCACUUUGAAUGUGAUGACCUGACCAGCAUCAGGAUGUUAGAGAUGCUGGAGGAGAGCGUGAGGGAGGACAAUGGCUGGAUGCUUCAGGUAUUGAACUCAAUGCUACAGCUCCUGCACAUCCCAUGGGUGGCUGCGACGUCCUGCCUGCACAGAGGUCCUUCAUGGUCUUGAAUAAUAAGCUCUUGGCUGAGUACAACACAGGCUGGGACCCAGACCAGCCUCCCCGAGAUCUGACUGAUGCUUUCCUGAAAGUGGUGCUUAAGGUGCCUGGAGCAGUGAGGGCCACUGGUUGUGUGCAGAGGACUCGGUGGUCUGCCAGGCACCAUGGGGCUGCUGACUGUGGAUGCACUUUUCACUGUGGCCUUGGCCGUGGCUGUGUUCCUGCUCCUGGUGGACCUGAUGCACCGGCGCCAACGCUGGGGUGCUCGCUACCCGCCAGGCCCUGUGGCACUGCCUGGGCUGGGAAACCUGCUGCAGCUGGACCUGCACAAUAUACCAUACUCCUUCUACAAGUUAAGGUGCCGCUUUGGGGACGUGUUUAGCCUGCAGCUGGCCUGGAACCCAAUAGUUGUCUUCAAUGGGCUGGCAUCUGUGCGUGAGGUGCUAGUGAACCACAGCGAGGACACCGCAGACCGUCCACCAGUGCCCAUCAAUGAACACAUGGGCUUCGGACCACGAUCCCAAGGCGUGAUCAUGGCACCCUAUGGACCCGCCUGGCGUGAGCAGCGGCGCUUCUCUGUGUCCACCCUGCGCAACUUCGGCCUGGGGAAGAAGUCGCUGGAACAGUGGGUGAAUGAGGAGGCCGCCUGCCUGUGUGCUGCCUUUGCCACCCAGGACGGAUGCCCAUUUAGACCAAAUACCCUCCUGAACAAAGCAGUGUGCAAUGUGAUCGCCUCCCUCAUCUAUGCACGUCGCUUCGAGUAUGAUGACCCACUCCUGAGCAGGGUAUUGGACCUGCUGGCAGAAACUGUGAAGGAGGGCCUUGAGUUGAUCCCCCAGGUGCUGAAUUCAUUCCCGGUGCUCCUACGCAUCCCAGGAGUAGCUGGCAGGGUCUUUCCCGCACAGAAGGCAUUCUUGGCCCUGAUGGAUGAGCUGGUGACAGAGCACAGGGCAACACUCGACCUGAGCCAGCCACCCCGAGAUCUGACGGAUGCCUUCCUGUUUGAGGUGGACAAGGCCAAGGGGAACCCCGAGAGCAGCUUCAAUGAUGCGAAUCUGCGCCUGGUUGUGGGUGACCUGUUCACGGCAGGGAUGGUGACCACUUCGACCACGCUGGCCUGGGCCCUGCUGCUCAUGAUCCUGCACCCGGAUGUGCAGCGCCGUGUACAACAGGAGAUCGAUGAAGUGAUAGGACAAGGGCGGCGCCCAGAGAUGGCGGACCAGGCCCGCAUGCCCUUCACCAACGCCGUGAUUCAUGAGGUGCAGCGCUUUGGAGACAUCAUCCCAAUCAAUUUACCCCACAUGGCAACACGUGACAUUGAGGUGCAGGGCUUCCUCAUCCCCAAGGGGACAGGGUUAACUGUCAACCUGUCGUCUGUGCUGAAAGAUGAGACUGUCUGGGAGAAGCCCUUCCACUUCCACCCGGAACACUUCCUGGAUGCUGAAGGCCACUUUGUGAAGCAUGAAGCCUUCAUGCCAUUCUCAGCAGGCCGCCGAGCAUGCCUUGGGGAGCCCCUGGCCCGCAUGGAGCUCUUCCUGUUUUUCACCUGCCUGCUGCAGCGCUUCAGCUUCUCGGUGCCUGAGGGGCAGCCCCGACCCAGCGACCAAGGUGUCUUUGCUAUCCUGAACAGCCCUUCCCCCUACGAGCUCUGUGCUGUGUCCCGCUAAAGGACAGAAACUGAGCUUUGCUGAAUUUGGGCACAUGAAGUGAAAUAAAAUCCUCUGUGACUACAAACUGGUAUGUGGGUCUCACCCUGCAGCUAGCCCUUGUCCCUGAUGUAUCCAUAGCUGCUCUUCUAUGUGAACCCUAAUGCUGUCCUGGCCACUGGAUUCCAGGAAAAUCCAGUGGGUUUACAGAUGCUCAGUUGUUCAUAAUUCACCCCGUGUUACCCCUGAGACUUAGCCCUGGCUCUGAGUUGUUCCCAGCCCCAGACAACAUUCUGGGCUCUUCGGGUCUCAGAUAGGGGUUAAGGGUGAACAGGUUUCUGCUCUGAAUCUCUGUAAUCUUUGGCUGACUGACGGAUGAUACUGGUCAUCCCCACAACCCUACUCAUAUUAAGUGAAGUGCUAGGUUUCACAGAACUAGAAAGGCCAUUACUCUCACAGUUAUAUUUAGGACGAGGAGAGGGUAAAGAUGAAAAUCUGCAUCAGUCAGAGUCACACUGGGCAGAGUCCAGGAAGAUAGGCACAAGCAUUCUGCCAUGCUAUCUGAGGAAAGUCGUGCAGAUGAUGAGAUCUCCAGCCACAAGGCAGGACACAGAUUUACUGCUCAUCAGGGAGGCUCAGCUGACCCUGUGUCCAAAGAUCCGACCUCAUCGCAUGGAGCAUGCACAUAGUUGACUUCAGUGGCUUACUAACCAUCUCCCCCUGGGUCAGAAUCAGACAGCCUGAAACCCCACUAGGUCACAGUAGUGGAAGAAACUGUAGGAUGUGCCCUAUAAAUGCUGCUAUACCAAAUCACUGUUACCAGGAAGUUUCUGCCAUGGCUUUGGCUUAGGUUUCCCAGCUGCCCAUCAGGAAUGAGGAAUUGCUUAUUAGCUUAUUGAGGUUUCAGUCAAUAAUCAGGUGGCUCAAGCCAGUGUGACAUGGCAGAGGGGCAACAUUGCAUGGCAGCAGAAGACAGUAACAGCAACAAGGGCAAAAGGCGCAUGGGGAGAAGCAAGCUUCUUUUCCUCCCUUCUGCUGCCUGCAGGCUACCCACCUUAGGAUGUGUAUAGUACUCAUAACCACAGUCCCAGCACUGAACAAUGAACCAAUCGCUAAUUCUACAUUAAGUUGCCUCCAAAGUUCUAACGCUCAAGAUUGCAUGAGGCUUUGGUGGGACAUUCAGAGACAAACCAUAGCACUGUGGCCCUGGCCCUCCAAAGACUUAUGCACAUCCAUUUAUGCAAAAGGCACUUAGUACAUCUCUAUAAUUACCAAAAUCAAAUAUACCAUUGCUGAAAACUUCAAAUCCUAAGUCUCCUGUAAGAUAUAAGGCAAACUUUUAGUUGUGAGCCCUUGAACAAAUUAAAAGAAGCAUCCAAAAGUCAAUGGCACGAGAUAGACAUUUUCAUUCCAGAAGUUACAAACAGGGAUAGAAAGAAAUGAGAUUAAAGCAAGUCCCCAACCCAUCAGGCCAAACAUUCAGCCCUGUGGUUCCACAUGUAGCUUCUGAGGCAGUCUGUUAAGUUGUAAGCUCCAAAAGUGUUGUGUGGCUCUGCUUCUGUGGCAUGUCCUGUGGGUGUAGCUUCCAGAGGUUGUUUCUUGGGCCAUCUCUGCUCCGUCCUUGCAGUUUUCCUCAAGUGAUCCAUGUUUCUGACUUUUCCAAACUUCUGGCAUCUCAACUGCAACUUUGGCCUCACACCUACAACUUUACGCACAGCCCUCUCAGGGUCCCAAUGACCUCAAAAGCCUUCUGAAAUGAAGGUGGGAGCCUUCUUAACCCCACAAUUCAGAUGUUCUGUAUGCACCUCAAACAAGUACCAUGUGGAUGAUGCCAAACUCUUUGCCAGCUGGAGCUAUUGCCAGGCUUUUUUCACUCCUGGCUAUAAGGUUCAAGUGCCUGUAUUGCUGAGUACUCCUUAUCCAAUUCUGAGGAAUAAAUCCUCUGGGCUGCUACUCUUCUGGACCAUGGUGUACCAUGGGUUGCUUAAAGCAAAGUGUUUCACUUUUACAAUUUUGAGACUGCAAAGUGUGUUGACUUGCUGCUUCCUGUGUUGCUGUCAGUCUACCUUUGUUAUUAUCCUGUUUUUUGUUUUUGUUUUUGUUUUGGCAAUCAAGAUCUCCUCAGCUCUUUCUUUGUGAUCCACAGCUUUACUGGGGCUUCCUUUGUGGACAACUCACAGCAUUUUAAAUCAUUCUUCUGGGCUCUUUGUUACUGAUCCUUAACAUAAAUCUGGCUAAAAGCCCCUAACAGUACCCUCAACAUUAGACUCCCUUGAAAUUUCUUCUUCCACAUUAAUUAAUCCCCCUCCCUUAAUUUCAGCCUCAGGCAAAGUUGACAUGAGCAAAAUGUAGAUAAACUUUUUGCCAAGCCAUAACUCAUUUGGUCAGGAGUCCAACAGCCAGUGCAGUCCUUCCCAGCAGAAACCUCCAGAGCCUGGUCUUAACAGGACUUUUAUCAGCCUUCUAGUCUUCUGAGCUCUGACCAGAAUCUCCCAUACACAACAGUCUAAGGCAUUCCAUCUGUUUUUCAGCUAGCAUCUUUCCAAUUUAUCCUGACUAGCCAUUCCCAAAGGCUUCGGAACCACAUACUAAGGUAAAGUCAUAGCAGUUACCCUCCUUCUCUGGUCCCAAUUUCUAUCUUAGUUACUUUUCUCUCAUUGCUGAGACAAAAUACCUGACACCAAAAGUUAAGGGAGCUUUUUGGAGGUUUCAGUCCAUAUCAGCUGCCUCCAAGUCAGGGUGGGAUUAUAGAGGGGCAGCAGUUCAUUGUGGCAGAAGACAGAAACAGCAAUGGGAGUGGGGGAGAUCUUUUUCCUGCAUUUUAUUGUGUGGAGGCUGCCCACUAAGGUAGGUAUAGAUAGCACUCAUACCCCCAGUCCCAGCCCUAGACAACCACAAACUCUAGAUUCAGCUGCCUCUGAAAAACCUGACCCCUGAGACUGUAUGAUGCUUUGCGGGGACAUCCCGGCAGAAAUCAUAACAGCCUGUUUUCUCUGUUGAUAGUGACAUCAGAUGAGAUCAAGCAUGUUCAGGGUUUUGUGGCUGUAGACAUUAGUGACUUUGGAGACAUAAUAGUUUUUAAUCCUCAUGAAUCCAAUUUUUCUUUCUUCCUUUUUGCUCUUGGUGCCUAUGCAGUACAAGGUAGCCAAUCCCAAUGUGGGUUUUGUCCCAUGUUUUCUUGCUAUUACUGCUGGUGUGCUACCAAGGACAACAUAAUAGAUCCCAGUGUGGAUUCUGUCUCGUAUUUUCUUCUAAGAGUUUUGAGUUUGAACUCAUACAGUCAGAGGUGUGACCCAUUUAAAGUUAAUUUUUGAGUAGGGUGAUAGCUAAACUUCCAGUUUCAUUCUCAUGCAUGUUGUUCCUGUUCUCAACGUUUUCUCAAAAGGCUUUCCUUUCCCAGGAGAAUGGUUUUGCCAAAUUUCCUGAAAAUCAUUUGGCCAUAUAGAAUCAUGGGCGCCUUUCUGUGAAGCAUAUAUUGUGAAAAUGGCAUUGUUAGAGGAUUUGCUGGCUGGGUGGAAUUCUAGAGUAGACUUAUACAAACCUAGAUAGUGUAGCCUAGUCACACCGAGGCUGAAUGGCAGCCUGUCUUCCUGAGCUAGAAACUCUUACAGGACUUCUCUUUCCUUUUUUCUGCCCCCCACCAUUCCUUCCCCUAUUGCCCCUUCCUCUAUUGGUCCUUUUCUUCAUCCUCCACCUUUAGCUGCUCCUCCUCCUCAUUUCAUUUAUAUUAGGAAUUGACUUCACAGCCUUCACACACUGCUGUAUCUUCAAGUAAUUUUUUUUUUCACUUUUUUGAGCCAGGGUUUCCUAGGAAGUUCGGGCUGAUCUUGAGCUCACUUUGUAGGCCAUGCAGGUCUUAAACUUGAAGCAAUCAUCCUGCCUCUGCUUUUUGAGUGCUAAGAUUACAGGCAUGCACCACCAUGUCCCUCAUAAUUUUUAAUCUCUUAUUUUGAGACACUAUCCCAAAAUGUUUGGAUUAUAGGCAUGAAUCACACCCACUUUACAACUUCUCCCUAUGCUAAACGGUAAUCACAGUUGUAACACAGUAAGUACUGUGUCCUUAUGAGUAGGAAGUUUUCAGUGUAAUUAAACUUUUAUGAGACCACUGAUGUGUAGGUGGCCUGUUACUCACUUAGACAUCCUUCCACAGCAUCAGCACGUGUUGUUCAUCAGGAUUUAUUCGUACGACUGCCACUCCAACGAAAGGGAUUUCUGUUUAAUAUGUUAAUUUUUUGAUGACCCAUGAGAAUCCAGUCACAACAUUUAACACAUUUUUGAACGAGAGACUCUCAAGUCAUAAUGAACAACAAUAUAUGUUACAUUUAUACAACCAGUUUUAAUUAUUUUGACCAGUUGGCAAGCCACGCAGAAGCAUGCUUUUUAAAUCCAUAUCCCUAGUUAUAUUAUGAACAAAUGAUUCAAAAAUGCAAAAGAAAAGAGAAAAUAUUGUUGAGCUUAAAGAAAAAACAGCUGUGCAUGGAUAUGACAAACACACAAAGAAGUACCCAGCUAAACAGACUGGAGAAACAAACAUCUUACAGAAUCAGAGUGCACUUGAAUCUAUUUUGCUCAAACUAAUUCAAUUUUUUUUUUUACCAUUUUAGAAGUUUUAGCAAUAGACUAGUCAGAUUUUGUGUAUGUCAAUUAGCAAAGAUCUCUUGUACAAGAAUUUGGAAGGAAUAAAAUCUUUUAUCCAUAAUCAAUAUACAUUGUUGUAUUCUAUUUUGUCUUAAGAAUACUAGUGACUUUUGCAUCUCUUUCACAUAGGUUUCAGCUCAGUUAUCUCUAUACAUUCAGUCACUUACUCAGACGUUUGAUUUCUAUGUUUGGAUACCGUGUCCUGGGCAUUCUGGGUCAGUUUCUUUAAUUGGCCCCAUGUGGAUUCUAGCCCCAUCCUUCUCUAUCAUCUGUGGUGUGUUCGCUGAGGCUCACUGCCAUAGGACUGAGCAUGAGUUUCUUGAGUGACAGAAUCAACUACUUCUCUACGUAUGGGUCCAUGAUACAGCUGGACAGCAUGCUCUGGUACCCAGACAAGCCAUUGAGCAUUCUCUGGAAAGGCGCAAGCAUAGCCUGGACCCCAUAUAGCACUGAGUUGUGAACUUUCCAUUGUCUAGUAAGAAGAUAUUUCCAAAGGACCAUUCCAGCUUUUUUUCUUUUUUUGAAAUGUCUUUUUGCCGCUGUAUUUUGAUCCUUAGCAGGACUUUUAGAGUUACUAGUCUAUGUGCUAAGUGAAGACUAACAUGUGUUGUAAAUUUUGUAAAAUUUCCCCCUUUUGUUAUUGUCAUUGUAUUUUGAGUGUAUGGUGAGCAUAUUUAACAAUUUUAGCCUGUUGAAUGGCAUCUGAGGGACUAACAGUAACAGCAGCUAACAAUCUCUUUUUUGUAGCAUUUUCCUCAAUGAGGGGCCCUGGCAAGUGGGAAUGAGAACAUAAAUGAGCAAUUAAACAGAGAAUAUGAUGUGACUGUAAGACAAAUUGGAGAGUGUGAAAUAAAUGAAAAAGAUCUUCCCGGUUGGUACAAAUGGUGGCAGUUUUUAUGUGGCACAUCAUAUUGCAAACGUAAGCACUGUCUGAAUGAAAGAGUUAAUUACGGCUUAAAAUUUUGUAUUUAGUGCAGAAGAAAAAAACCAUGUCCUGUAUUAGGGAGCCUGGGCUCCCACUCUUAGCUCCACCUCUAGCUGAGGCUGCUGCUUCACCACAGAGGUUGUGUGCAAGCUGCCUUCCCAGCAGCAGCUGGUCAGCCUGUGGGGAGAGCUGUUUCCCUUGGUCUCCUUCUUUGUCACUUCAGUGACAGUUACUGGGAGGGAAGUCAAUUUCUGCCUUGCUGCCAGGUAUGGGGCCUGUCACUGGCACCUCCCUCUCCUUAAAGCACAUGGCGGUUGCUGCCUCUGUAGCCAUGGCCUCCUUUUUUACUUUACAUGUGAAUUUAUAAAAGAUUUAUAGCAACACAAAGAAACCAUGUAGCACUUAUAUGUAUAUGACUAAUAAAAUACAUGCAGUGUCAGUGUAUUGAAAACUAACAAAUUGAUGGGAGAUAGCAAAAAAGACCCAAAUAAAUGCAGUUAUAUUGCUUGUGAAUUUGAAUCACGUACCCUAAAGUAAACAACAAUUUUGAAGAACAACAGUGUUUGAGAACUUACAUUAUCUAGACUUACUACAAGCCACAGUGAGACAGUGAUAUGCUGGAGGCAGCUUAUCAGCAGCUUGUGAAAACCAAAUGUUGAAUUUUUGGAAGUUUUAAAUUUGUUUAGUUUCUUAUCACUUAUUGGAAAUUGUCGACUGUGAGAAUAUUUUUACAGAAAAAUCAGCAAACCACAAAUCAGGGCCAUAUUACCCCCAACCACUAGGAAUCUGAGCAGGGCUGUGCUACCUCUGGGAAGCUCUCCAAGCCGUAGCACCCCUACUGUUAGCUGAGCUGUGGCAGUCCCUUAUGGGGAGAUUCCUGGAAUAGGUUGGCCUUCCAUAUAACUUUAGAAUCUACACCAAAUGGCCCAGUGAUGUCCUCAUGUGCACUUUGGACAGAUAGUACGAGGUUUUGUUGAAGGGACAGUUACUGGCUGUGCUGCCCUUACAGGUGCAGCAGAACACUUUCAGGCAAAAUGACCCUCCCAUCCACAGGUGAAACAGGUAACUUUGUUUUUUCUCUUUCCUCUAGGCUGGGGAUGGAUUACCUGAGUGAAAGCUGUUGCCAGGGCAGCUCCUUGUACAUAAGGAGGGGUAUCAAUGCAGGAUUCAUCGAUAUUCUUAAAGGCCAAUUGUUGGACAAAUAACUUAAAGAUGAUUCUAGUUUUUGAAGGGUGGAAAUCUCAGCCUGUGUUAUACCAAAAUUUCUCUGAGUUGAGAAGGCAGAAAUUAUCAUUUGUGGCUCUGGUAAGGUUAUCUGGUUGGCUGUUGUUUCACCGUCCUCUUCCUGCUUGUAAUAAAUUUAAAAUAAUGCGCCAAGUCAAAUCCUUAAUGGUUGUAAGACCCCCUCUAAUCAAAAUCACAAAAGGAAAGUCAAUAUAGGAAUGGAGCGUAUAACAAACAGACCCAUACACAUGAGUGAUUUUUGAUACCCUGCCUCAUGCUUAACUGUUAAUACCAAAGCACCUGUUAUGUUUUAGUUUCUCUCAAGCGUGUUUAGUUCUUUUGGUCCUAGUGAACCCAUUUUUUCUUUGCCCCAAGUUUAAUACCUGAUGAUGUCAAUAUCACUACACUCCUAUGGUGACUACUUUUCUUCUGCUUUUCAUUUUUUUUUCGGUACCAGGGAUCGAACUUACAACCACACACUUGCAAGGCAGGCGGUUAUGCUGCUGAGCUAAAUCCCCAGCCUCUCCUAUGGUGACUAUUGAUGCUAUGGACCCACUUUUCCCUGCUUUUGGCAAAACAAUAAGAAGUGUCUCCUCACGUACUGUUUUAUCUUACUGCAUUCCGUGUUCAGGAUCCAUAUGAGGAUCCAGAUGCAGCUCUACAGGGUUCCUGGGAGAAGGACAGCAAGAGGAUGGAAACAUAAAAGAGGAAAACUGGGAAUUUCCCAUGGAUUGACUGCAGCCCCGAUCAAGUGGCACUCAGCAUGGGGGCUCCUGGCAUGGAGGAGUUAACUAGGGAGCCAUUUGAGAGACAGCCAGCUUAAACUGAAAGUGAAACUAAAUUGAACCAGAGCCCUGGGCCGAGGAGUGAGCAAACUGAAUCAAGGAUUAAAGCUUAAAGCAACAGGACAUUAAAUCAAGUACCAAGGCCUGUGCAGACUACUACCCAGCGUCCUGCCCAGUCAUGAUCCAUGAAACAGACUUACGUGAGUCAUUGUCAUCAGCUCUGGGCCUCCAGAUGGACUUGUGGGGAACAUCAUCAUGGGCUCUGUGUCUUCAGCUGGACUCAUGCAGGACAUUGCUGUGGAAUCCAGGUGACACAACUCCUUGGAGGCUUAUGCUGCCUACUCAGCCUUCUCCUUGAGCCAUACCACACCCAUGGUGGAUUUCGACCCCUGCCAAACAGACUACAACUGCUGACAGCCAUGCACAGAACCCCAUGACUGCGGAAGAUGCUCUUCUCGGUCUAGAGAAACAUAUACCAGUCAAAUAGACUGUGUCCAAUGUUAUGCGAGACAUGCUCCAAGACAUAGGAGAAUGACUUCAUACAGAGACACCAAUAAAUGGCUGUCAACCCCUUCUCCUCAAUAUGUGUGUGUGGGGGAGUUUUUCCCUUACCUAGCGCCCCUUUUGGGUCUCCUAGCUGCCCUAUUGCUUCUCCUUUCUGUGAGUCCUUGUAUUUUUCAGAGGAUUAUGAUAUUCAUUAAUAACCGGAUAGAUGUGUUUAUGGCAAAGCCCAUUCAGGUACGCUAUCAUCAGCUGGAGAUGGCAGAUCAACAAACCUACCGGGAAGGAAUUCCCACGAGUGGCCCAUAUGAUGAUGCGGCCUAACUGCCCUGAGGCAAUGGACAGGCAGUCAGAGACAGGCAACUAGGAAAUGCAUGUUAAUUCCAACAUCCACCUAAGACAGGCACAGGAACAACUGCUGUUCUGCAAGCCCAUGAUGGGUAAGGCCUGGUUGGGUUCAUGCAAUGAGGUCCUUGACCUAAGACAGACGCUGUCCGGCUGGGCCUGCCAUACUCUUGAUUAAAUAAUAUAAAAAGGGAGGAGAUGUAGGGAGCCAUUCGACAGCCCAUUGCUGCCUCCCUGCCUCUCUCUCCCCUAUGGGCACUGCAUCUGCCUACAUUAACCAUAAUCCUCUCCUGCUUACGUCACAUACCCGGAUGUGACGGUGACCCUGUUGUAUUCAUCCCUUUAACCUCUUCCUGUCCCACCUCCUGCCCUUGGCCUAUAAAAGAUGUGAUCAUUUCCUGAAUAAACGGAGGCUUGAUCGGAUUAUUUCGACUUGCUUUCAUCUCU